AUGUCGGAGUAUGGAGUCGAACUGCGACCACGACAACCAGUCGCAGAGCCCCAUGUAGCCAAGUCUCCUCGGGAUGGGGGUGUCAGUGUCAAAAGACCUGCCAAGGUUGACAAGAAGAAGGGCCUAUAUCGACGUCCUCCGCCUGAGGAUCACAGUGCCAGAUUUUUGGCUCACUUAGAGAACUUGCGUAGAGCCCUCCCGGCCAUGGGGGGGACUUUUGAGGCUUGGAAGAAGCAGGGUAAGAAAAACACUGAGGAUAUUCGGGCUCUGGAAAACAAGUAUGAAGAGCUUCACUCAACGAUCGAGGCUCUUCAGAGGGAGCUGAGAGGACAGUCCAACUGUGUAGACCAACUCUGA